AUGGCUUCUGUUCGUGCGAAAUUCAGACAGCUACGAGGGAGCUUGUUGGCCACCGCCGCGCUGCUCGUUCUGAGCAUCACCGGAGGCGCUGCAUGGGAAACCAAAGCCGAAGCCCUAAAACAGGCAGUCGAGUUGGUUCAUGACCCCAACGUAUACGGCGUCUCGACACUUUCAACACAAUACCCAUCCGAUCAUCCUGUCACCGACUUAGCUGGCCAUGUCAUCACUGGACCUGAGUACUUUGCACCAUGUGACGGAGAAACAGGGUCACUGCUGUAUCUAGGACUGACGGUCUCGCAGACAUGGAGGAACGUACUCAAUAGCGACAGCAAGAACGGCACUGUCAGCAUUGCCUCGAACGCAAAUCCAGCAGUCGUUGACCCGCGACAUGGCUCCCACAAAGACUCUCGUCACUGGAAAGACAGUCGACCAUCCUGGCGACGCGGGAUGCCUUCCAAAUCGCGCAUCACCCUCUUCGGCCACUUUGACAUUCUCAAUGUCACCCAACAUCCGGAGCAAGCCGAAAAGGCCUCGCGCUGCUAUCUCCACCACCACUUAGAUGCGAGUCAUUGGGCACCCAACUCGACCGAGUCUCCACACAUUCCCUUCUGGGCUACCUUCAACGUCGACAAGGUCUACUGGGUAGGUGGAUUUGGCGACGAACACUACAUUGGUUGGUUCAGCAGCGACGAGUGGAAGAAUGCUUCAAGAGAAUAUCACUUCUUGCCUGCAACUGCGCCGAAGGUUCAGCCAAAUGGCGCGUCUCUGCUCAACGUAGCGUCCAUGAGCCAUGGAGAGCUACCCUCGCAACGGUCUCUUGAAUUGCAUCAAGUGAUGCAGGACCAACGAGAUUCGGCAAAUCCGAUACUUGCAUUUCAGUAA